UUCGUGGAGGGUGGAAGAUAGCUGUGAUAUGCCCCGCGAUUUGACUCACACCUUUAAGAAAAAAAGCCGACAAUCGUAGCUACCGUACCUAACCUUACCUACCUAAGGUAAGGUACCGCCUACUCAGCUAUAAACUUCUAUUCUUCAACAACUACACUACUAGAGACAAACCAUCUUCACCAUCUCCUUUUCCUUCAAACUUAUUGCUUGACGCAAAACUCCGCGCUAUUGUAGUGCGCUCAAAUAUGGCAACAAUAGCAACAAUGGCGGCAACCAUCAGCCAAAAUGAGCGAGAGAUACCUAUUCGCAACAAUCCAGAUCUGGAGUCCUUCGAUAUAGUUAGCACCUACGAGAAGCUCCUCGCCGACGACCCGGAGCUCACGAUGCCCGUAGCCGCAAUCGAAGCGCUGAUCGAAGCGCUCAGCCAGUCGUCGGCAAAAACCGUCUUUGAGACUAUGGAUCUCAUCAAGACGCAGUCGGCGAAGCUGCGCAACGCCGUGCGCAACCCCGUCGCCCUGACCCACGGCACCGACCUCUUCCAGCAGUACCUCGUCCUGUCGCUUAAGCAGCCCGGCCCGGACGGCAAGGAGACUAGUAGUCACGAGAACUUCGAGGUUGUGCGCCAGCACCUGAUGAAGAACGGUCGCUUGUUUGCCCAGCGCGCGAAGCAGGCCCGCGAGCAGAUUGCGACUGUUGGACGUGCGUAUAUCCGCGACGGGUAUACCAUUUUGACCCAUGGGGGCUCGAGAGUCGUGGGCACGUUGUUGGGCAGAGCGGCGGAAUCUAUUACGGGGGAUGCUCGGAGGCGAUUCAAGGUUAUACAUGUGGUCAACGAGGCUCGACGAACCGAGAGCUUGAGAGUGGUAGCUGCCCUGAGGGCGAAAGGCGUCCAAGUUGCGACGAUACCCGAGUCCGCGGCUGCUUAUACGAUGGGCAAGGUUGAUAUGAUCAUAGUCGGUGCCGAAGCAGUGACCGCAAACGGCGGGGUUAUCUCGAGAAUGGGAACGUACCAACUUGCCUUGCUGGCCAAAGCUCGCAACAAGGACUUCUUCGUCGCCGCCGAACAGCACAAGUUCGGCAGGACGUUUCCCUUGGACCAAUUCGACCUUGGCUUCGACCAGGGUAUACUAGAUUUCCACGCAAAAGACCACGAGUCAGGCGACAAACAUGCACAAAUAAAUCCAGAUCCCGUGGAUUAUACGCCGCCGGAAUUCAUCACGUCAUUCCUCUCAGACUACGGCGUCCUCACGCCAACAGCUGUGGCCAAGCAGGUUAUAGAUCUGUUGUAUUGAGGUUUCAGCCAAUGUCGCGGUAAAGUAGGUAUUUUGCAAGCCAGGUUUUGGACUGUGUAAGUUUCAUAUCACAGGCGUACAUAUCCUAUCCUAUCCUAUGACGAGACGAGAUACGGGAUUUAUUGCCAACAUGUCCCGUUAGCUUUUGGCUAAGUGUCACAAGAAAUUAUUGUUUACACGGACUUGGAGUUCAGUGCC